GUAGAUUAUGCAGACCAUUUGUCUUGCUGUACAGUGUGUCAUGUUGGCUGUGGAGCGGCAGCGCGAAUAAUUGGUGUCACACCAACCGGUUUAUUGUGCGCAAAAAAAAAAAAUCAGAUAAUUUUCUGUUUUUGUAGUUAUUAUUUUUUUUUUCCUUUGCAGAGAAACAAGGACGUUCUUGGUUUUCAAAGCAGGUGCAGUCGCUGUCAGGACGACUACUGUUUGGUUGAUGUCAUCCGCGGCGGAGCUGCAGCGACCUUCAAUUCUUCAACAAGACCAGGAUAAACAAAGAGGGAUUUAGUGUUUUUUUCUUUUUUUGGGGGGGGGGGGUCGCUUUCGCUUCUGCCGCUUUCAUCAGCUGGCAGGAUGGGACUCCUGCUGCAUUGUCUCCUGCUGCUCGCCGUCUGCGCUCUCCCAGCCGGUGGCUUGGAUUUCCAGCCGGGAUCCAAAGCUCUCGGACAGCCGGUGUUCGUGAGGCGCUCCGUGGAGAAGAGAGCCGCGCAAAUCGCGAAGAGGUCCCUGCCGUCGUGGCUGGGCGCACCGCACCACCACAGGAUAAGGCGAAGGAGCGUCGACCAGGGCGAUUCGUGCAAAAAGCACGAAGGGUAUCAGAGCAAGUUAAAAGACAACACCCACAGUUACACACUGAACGACCUGAGUGGCUCCGUGUCACUGGCCUGGGUUGGAGAUGGCACCGGGGUCAUACUGGCUCUGACCACAUUUCAGGUCCCUUUCUUCUUGUUAAGAUUCGGCCAGUCCAAACUCUACCGUAGCGAGGACUAUGGGAAGACGUUUGAGGACGUGACCAACUUGAUCAACGACACCUUCAUUUCAGCAGAGUUUGGCAUAGCAAUCGGCCCUGAGAAUUCAGGCAAAGUGAUCCUGACAGCUGAAAUCUCUGGAGGAGAUGGGUAUCGGAUUUUUGUCUCCCGGGACUUUGGGAAGACUUUUACCCACCUGAACUUGCCUUUCAGUCCCAUGAUGCAAAUCUCAUACAACCCUGAGAACUCUGAAGUGCUGGCCGUCCUCAGCAUGAGUAAUGAACUUUGGCUUUCAGAAGAUUUUGGACGCAACUGGAAGAAGAUCCCCGACACGGUGUGCCUUUUUAAAUGGGGAAGAAAAAAUACCAUCUUCUUCACAAGCAGCCAAAAUGGAUCCUGCAUUGAAAGGGGAAUGCUGCAGCUAAAGAGAACCACAGACUUGGGUAAAACCAUCAAGACUGUUGCCAGCAAGAUCUUCUCUUUUGGCCUGGGUGGACGCUUCCUCUUUGCUUCAGUAAUGACGGGAAAGGGCACUAUGAGGGUGAUCCAUGUGUCCGUGGACCAGGGAGAGAACUGGAACAUGGCUCAGCUCCCUCCGGUCGGCCAUGAGCAGUUCUACUCCAUCCUGGCAGCAAAUGACGAUAUGGUCUUCAUGCACGUUGACGAGCCUGGAGAUACUGGUUUUGGUACAAUUUAUGUCUCGGAUGAUCGAGGCACGGUCUACUCCAAGUCACUGGAGCGCCACCUUUAUACGACGACGGGGGGCGACACUGACUUCACCAAUGUCACUUCCCUGAGAGGAGUCUUCAUCACCAGUGUGCUGGCAGAAGAUAAGUCCGUGCAGUCUGUGGUGUCCUUUGAUCAGGGAGGAGAGUGGGUUCCCCUGCGGAAACCUGCCAACACCAAGUGUGACGCUACAGCCAAGGACCCAGACAAGUGCAGUCUCCACAUCCAUGCGGCCUACAGCAUUGCUAUGAAGCUGGAAGUCCCCAUGCCGCCCCUGACGGAGCCAAACGCCGUGGGUCUAAUCAUGGCUCACGGCAGCGUCGGGGACGCCAUCUCUGUGAUUAAGUCGGAUGUUUAUGUGUCCGAUGAUGGAGGCUACACCUGGAUAAAGGCUCUUAAUGGGCCCCAUCACUACGCCAUGCUGGACUCAGGAGGGCUGCUGGUGGCUGUGGAGGACAAUGGCAAACCCAUCAACAAAAUCAAAUUUUCCACCGACGAAGGACAGUGCUGGAGUAUUUACGAAUUCACCAACGAGCCAAUCACGUUCACGGGGCUGGCGUCAGAGCCGGGAGCUCGCUCCAUGAACGUCAGCAUCUGGGGCUACAAAGAUUCCCUCAUCACCCAGAACUGGGUCUCCUUCACCAUCGACUUCAGGGAACUCCUCACCAGAGACUGCAGCGACGACGACUAUGUGCAGUGGUUGGCCCACUCUGAUGACAUCAGUGACCCGACGGACGGCUGCAUGCUGGGUUACAAAGAGACGUUCUUGCGGCUCAGAAAGGACUCGGUUUGCUGGAACGGACGUGAUUACACCGUCAACACACAGCCAACUCCGUGUGCAUGCACCCUGGACGACUUCUUGUGUGACUUUGGAUACUCGCGUAAAGAGAACAGCUCCGAGUGUGUGGAGCAGCCGGACCUGCAGGGCAAAGUGCUGGAGUUCUGCCUGCAUGGCAAAGAGGAGCAACUGCAGACCAACGGGUACAGGAAAAUCCCUGGAGAUAAAUGUGAAGGAGGACAGAUGCCUCAGCGCAAAGAGAUUGACCUCAGUAAGAGAUGCGUCAGUGACCUCGUAUCUCCAGAGUUUCAGACAGGCGGUCACUCCUCCAAGUCUGUGGCCAUAGUGUUGGCAGUCGUCGUCGUAAUGCUGAUGAGCAUCGCAGCAGGAGUGGUCUUUGUCAGGAAGUACGUCUGCGGCGGCAGGUUUUUGGUGCACAGGUACUCUGUGCUGCAGCAACACGUUGAGGACAACGCUGCAGACGGGAUGGACGAGCCGCUGGACACCAACCACGCCCCCAACGGCAAAAUAGAGUUUCACGAUGACUCUGAUGAGGAUCUGCUUGAAUAGCAGGCACCACCUCUUGACCAAGCGAGCAACAGGUUGUCCCACAGCCAGCCGCUGUUCCUGUCACUCUCCUCUCCAGCUACUUCUUCCUUUCACCCUCUGAUGUAAACUUCGGCCUCAGCGACAGAGACUCUGCUGUCAUUGGCUAAGUCAAAUGAAUGUAUGAAGGCUUCCUGAGAGCUAAUGCCGCAGAUGGGGAAGAACUAUGAAGGAAGUCGUGAUUAAGGUGUCGGUUGUACUGAGUAAGUUUUAACCUUUCAGUUAUUUAUUUCACUCAGUGAAGAAACGACUGAGCUGCUGAGAAAAAUUGACUAGCACACUAGGAAUGAAGGAAAAGUGAGUUG